AGCUAAUCAGAAAUUCGACCGCUGCGCCAUCUCCUAAAAGAUGGCGGAAACUACUCGACAAUUUACCGACCGAAAUUUCGAAAGUAGGUAAAGUAGAGAGUGAUUUGAUUUUGCAAUUAAAUUGUAAUUACUGUUUUAAUUUGUAAACUAAUUGUAAAAUGUAAAAUCAAAUACUCCUACCUGUUCAAAGUCCAGAGACGCUUCAGUGCGAAGCGGGAAAUUAUAUUCUUCAACCCUAUCCUAGUGAUUUUAUCGAAGAUGUAGUGUCAGUAUCGACGUUUACGCGUUGUUUAUACAAUAUACGAAAUGCCGAUGAAACAUGUUACUCUAUUCAAUAAAAUAAUAUGUAAUAAAUAGUUUUCACAAGUUUCGAGUACAGUAUAACAGCGAAACACGUUGCUAUUAGGUAGCUAAUACAAUGCCAUUAUUUUCAAAUAAGUUUUCCCCAAAAAAGACGCCUACCAGAAAGGCAGGAAUCUUUUUAGCAAAUAAAGAUUUUAGCCCAAAACGUAUCGAAAAAGAACUUGGACCGAACAUUGGACCCAUACGUUUAAAAUUAGGAGAACAGGAAACUGUUUUUGAGUCAGGUGUAUGGAUACCGGAAUCUGGCAAGAUUGGAGGAACGUACAAGGAAAAUGAAAAACUAAAGAAAGAAAUGAAAAGACUGGAAGAAGAAAACAACUUAUUAAAACUGAAAUUUGAAGUACUCCUGGAUAUGUUAACACAAUCAACUGCAGAGUUCAACUCACAAAAGGAAGAACUAGAUAGAUUAAAAAGAAAUUCAUCUUAUAACAAAGAUAGUGAUUCUUGAUAUAAAAAUUUAUUAAAUUAA